AUGGCGCUCAUCGAUCCCCCAUAUCCCCCCUCCUUUCUCAUCGAGUGGCAUUGUUCCGCCACCAAUUACUCCUCCAAGCUCUGUUUGGCCCUCGGGCUCGUCAAGUGUUCAUGUUCCUCCACCUCCGCCUACUUCGAGGCCUUCUAUUCCACCGGCAUCUUCGGGUGCCUCUAUUUCUCCUCCCUCUUCGGGUGCAUCUGUUCCGACUCCAGUUUACCAAAUCCCUCUUUGGGACCGACAAGCGUCCCCAGCGUGGGACCUUCGGGCUCGCAUUCUAUUCCUUCCCCGGGAUCCUCUGGUGCCUCAAUUCCUGGACCUUCUGGGGAGCCUUCGACUGGGACACCCGGAUCUUCCACGGCUCCUGCACCCCCUGGUGUCACUACCACCUCAUCUCUAGCGCCAGUCCCGCCUGUGCCAGAGCCAUCAAGCUCAGAACCACCAGUGCCCAUCCCAGUUCCUAACCCAGGUCCCAAGCCCGGUCCCAAACCUCCUGGACCUAACCCAGAACCCGGGCCUAAGCCUGGUCCUGAGCCUGGUCCUGAGCCUGGUCCUGAGCCUGGUCCUAAGCCUGGUCCUAAGCCUGGCCCGAAGCCCGGCCCUGCUCCUGGUCCUGAGCCUGGUCCUGAGCCUGGUCCUAAGCCCGGCCCUGCUCCUGGUCCCAAGCCUGGGCCUGCUCCUGGCCCGAAGCCCGGCCCCGCUCCCGGUCCCAAGCCUGGACCUGCUCCUGGUCCCAAGCCUGGGCCUGCUCCUGGCCCGAAGCCUGGGCCUGCUCCCGGGCCCAAGCCUGGCCCUGCUCCUGGUCCCAAGCCUGGGCCUGCUCCUGGCCCGAAGCCCGGCCCUGCUCCCGGGCCCAAGCCUGGCCCGAAGCCCGGUCCUGCUCCCGGACCUAAGCCGGGCCCUGAGUCAGGCCCCGAGCCCAAACCGAAACCCUUCCCUGGUGACUCGCCCAGCCCUAAGCCCGAUGAUCCGUGCAAGCCCAAGGUUAAGCGUGAUCGCGAGCCCGGGUGGAUGCCGCCUCAGUUCUGGUAA